AUGGAAAAGAGGAUGAGGAAGUUCCUCAAAGAUCACCUCAAAACUCGUAAAAUAUUGGGUGCUAGAAUUGCUCAAGGUGGUGUGAAAAAGCCCGUCGACUUGAUGAAAUUACAAAUGGCUCCACAAGUCUUUUUGUUUAAGAAUCUAUUCACAGGGCAAGUCUUAUACUCACAAGUGCCUGCUUACCAUCAAGAUCAAAUUGAUGCCCAAUUUCCAAACCCAAAUUGGCAAAAUAGAAAACCUUCAAGAAGAAAUGAUUUAUGGAGAAUAAUGUGUGUUGCAACAUUUGCUAGUCAUGAAUAUGCAGUUGCUGCCUAUAAAGGUUUAGUCCAAUUGAGAGAAGUAAGAGAUCUUCAUCAACCAAAAGAAGCUAAGCAGUUAAGAAAAAAGAACGAAGAGGGACACACCUGGUACUCGGGUCAAUUUAGACCCACCUAUCAACAAGAAGCUGUUGCUGAUUUAGCUCACGUCAUAGAUGAAUUCGAAUUGGAAAAUACCAAAUUAACAUGGGAAAAUGUUUGGAGAAAAGGAGAGGAUAAGCAUUGGAGAGGUGAUCUAGUUACACAUGAUACUUUACCACCGUUUAACCCAAGAGACCAAACAGUUAUGUUGGAUUCAUUGAGAGAAAAGGCGAUUAAAGCAUUUGCUGAAGAAAGGAACCAGCAAGGAUUGCAACAGCAGGAACAACCAAAUGUAGUCGCUUAG